AAUCCUCUAUAUUUAUCAUUUAUCAUCGAAAAUGAAAACAAUAUGGCGGGUAAUAUUGAAAGUCCUCUCUUAAUCAGAAAUGAAAAUGGAUUUUCACCCUCAGAUGAAGACCAUUACGAUGUUCCAUCAAACAGAGUACACAGUAAUGGUGAGACUAUUUAUGAUGUAAACAAUGGUUUUGGAUCUACCCAUCAGAUUAUGGAGGGCCAGGGCACUCCAUACCAUGCUAUCAGCAGACGACAUAAACAGUAUAAAACUUGGGAACUGAAUUACCAAGAGGCAGCUAUUUAUCUGCAGGAAGGGGAAAACAAUGAUAAAUACAGUACACAUCCCAGAGACUUUAAUGCUUUGCCAGCCUAUAAAAUUGCUCACAAGAAAAUUUUCUAUGCUUUAGACUUAUUUGCAGCACUGCUGGUGAUGGGAUUAGCUGCCUGUGAACGACCAGCAGUACCAUUUCUAACUCUACCUGUAGGGGUUCAUGGAUCACUGGAAUUGUUUGGACUUUUGAUAUUAGCGUUAGAAUUAGGAAUACGGAUGAAGUGGUUAGGAUUCAGAACAUUCAUCAAACAUAAAAGAACUCUUAUAAAGAGCUGUACCUUGAUCAUCGUAUUCAUAGAGACUAUAGUUGUGAUUAUACGACAGCAUAACCAUUUUAGAGUCACAAGAUCACUGAGGCCAUUGUUUCUAAUAGAUACAUAUUACUGCAGGGGGGUCAGAAGAACAUUCCGACAGAUUUUACAGUCCAUGCCACCUAUUAUAGACAUGCUGUUGUUGUUACUGUUUUUCAUGUUGAUAUUUUCUAUAUUAGGGUUUUAUUUAUUUUCUGGGAUUCAUGGGGAUGCAUAUUUUGCCACACUGCAAGACAGUUUUAUUAGUCUGUUUGUUCUUUUGACUACUGCAAAUUAUCCAGAUGUAAUGAUGCCAGCUUAUGCCAGUUCACGAUACUACAGUAUUUUCUACAUUAUUUACCUGUCUCUAGAACUUUAUUUUAUAAUGAAUCUGUUUCUCGCCGUAGUUUAUGAUACAUUUUCAAAUUUGGAAAAGACAAAAGUAAAGAAAUUAUUUUUCCACAAGAGACUUGGCUGUCAACACGCCUUCAGAUUGCUGGUAACUAAGGAGGAUAACAAGUCUAUAAAAUUGAAACAUUUUCUUGGCAUGAUGAAACAUCUUAGACCACAGAAAAGUAGAAGAGAUGGUUAUUUAGUUUUUAAGAUGUUAAACAUGGGCACAUCAGGAAAAUUAACUUUGGAAGAAUUUCACAAGAUAUAUGAAGCUAUAGACUUGCAGUGGAUGUUAAAAUCUGAUGAAAAUAUUAUCUGGUCAUCACAUUUCAAAUAUCCUUUCAACAGAAUUUUUAGAUGUAUACAUAGUUUUGUAAAAUGGAAAUGGUUUAGAAGAUUUAUUUAUUUUGCAAUAGCUAGCAACUUCCUGAUUAUUUUGGUAGAAACUAUACAGAUUUCAGUAACAAUAGAAGCAGACAGACAUAAGAUAACAGACAGGGAAGACUGGGCAUCUGUUGCAUCAACAGUGUAUGUUUGUAUAUAUAUAGUAGAAGCAAUAUUAAAGAUUCUAGGAAAGGGACCAGCAGUAUACUUCACCAGUGGCUGGGAUUUAUUUGAUUUUGUAGUAACAGGCACAUCUGUGAUAGGACUUCUGGGAGAAUUUUUUGACGACUCAUUUUAUUUCAUAAUAGUCCUGAGACCAUUCAAAUUAUUGAGAUUAUUUAAAGUAAAGGAAAGAUAUAGAGAUGUACUUGGUACUCUGUUUGUUUUAUUUACCAGAUUGAUAAGUCUUGCCAUUGUGAUAAUUCUAGUGUAUUAUUUCUUUGCCAUUAUUGGAAUGGAGAUGUUUUUACACUCAGAUCUACGUAACUGCUGCAAAAAUACAAGUGUGGAAGCUUAUUACAAAUACAGUAAUGACUCAACCAAUAUGAUGUAUUAUUACCUCAACAACUUUGACAAUAUAUUAGUAUCAGGAGUAACUUUAUUUGAACUGACUGUUGUCAAUAACUGGUUUAUAAUUAUGGAAGGUUAUGCUCAUCACAUAGGAGAGUGGAGUCGAGUUUAUUUCAUGUUGUUUUAUAUUGUUAUGAUGGUGGUGAUGAACAUUGUAGUGGCCUUUAUUUUAGAACAAUUCCUGUUUAGAAUGCAGUAUAACAGAAAAAUGGAGGUCAAAGAUAUUGAAGAUCAUGCCAAACACACUGUACAUAUUACAAUAUCUGAGGAAGAACAAGCUAUGUGUGAACAUCGGUAUCAUAAAAUUACUGGUGACUACAUCGUCAAUCAAUCCAAGUCAUGUGAUAUACCUACACCAUACUUAUAUAAGGGAGAGAGAUUCAGAAAUAAGGAUGAUUACAGCUUAAAGAUGUACAGUGAUGAGGUCAAGACUUGGAUAGAAGAAGAUGAGCAAAACAGAGAAGAAACCAUAGCUAAUUUGGAGAAUCUGAGACAAAGACGGCGUGUCAAUCACAGUUUGAAUUUGGAUGAACCAAUUGCACCAGUAUUUUUACAUCGAACAGUAUCUGAGUUAGAGUCUCCUGAUAUUGAAAACAGUUUUGCUUAAAGAUAUUUUUUUUAAAUGUUUUGAGAAUACUUUUAUAUGUGUUUAGAAGAUCAGACUUGAAUUUCAAAGGUGAUGAUGAAAAGGCAAAAUAAUUCUGAAGAUUUGAAUAUUAUUAUGAUAUUAUUGCAAACAAAAAAAUCCACAUGCAUUGUAUAUUCAUUUAUCAGUAUAUCUCAUUCUAUCGUGAUCUGUGAUGUAAUUAUUGGACACUAAUUUGCAUAUUGCAUAUUGCUAAUUACAAUAUAAUAUUUCUGUCAUACCUUGUAUACUUGUGUAUAGUUUGGAGCAGUUUCUUAUUUCAAUAGCUUACUCAUCUUGAGAAUAAUAGGUUUACUUUUAAUCCUUGUACAAGUUCAAAUUUGAGCCAAAGAAAGUAUGAUGAAACAUUAAAAAGAAAACAAUGCUCCUGAAUAUUUGUUAUGGUUGUAUUAUUAAGUAAAGUGGUUUUCUCCUUUACUGUUUGCAACAAUACAUGUAGCUGCCAUAGGAUUUUGAAAAAGGGGGGCCCACCAAGGCAAUAUUAGGAAUGGGACUUGUAAAAAGUCUAUGCAUUAACCAUACUUAUAACUCCAUAAUGGGAGGACUAAGAUCCAGGCCCCCUACAUAAAAUCUGCCUCUGGUUUUAAAACAUAGUUGUUUUCCCUCAAUAUGUUCAAUAACAAAAAUAUGUUGAUGAGACAACGUAGAAUUGUAUGGGUAUUCAGAUCAAUGACCCAUGUCUAAAAAUAAACUACCCCUCCUACCCUUCCACAUUCAUUUUUAAGCUUAUUAAAGCCUCAAAUAUAAAGCACACCUUAUCUUUGUUUUAAAUGUGGUCUUGCCAAAAACAACAAUUAUAGGUUGAAUUUAAUAAUGCAUUGAGAUUGGUGCUAAAAAUGGUGUUAUAAUGAGUAUUGUACCUUUGAAUAUUUGAGGUAAAUUUGUCAAUGUUUUGUUUUAUUUCAAAAUAAUAAUAGAAAUGAAAUUGUUUGUGUAUUAAUUUUUAUUAAUUGAAAAUAUAAAGAUUACUUUUGUACAUUUUUGAUAACAUAGCUCAACAUAAAGCUAGGUUGAUUAUUGUGCCAAACAGCUAUAUUGGGGUGACAGGGUUUAGAACUUAACAUGCUGUAUAUACACUUGUUCAUUGUUGAAGGCUGUUUGUUGACCUUAAGAGGCCUUGUGAUUUUGUCUCUUUUCAUGCCACUGGAUGUUAUAAAUGGCCAUCUCUCAUCAUUAUCAUCUGUUUUUAUUCAUAUUUACGAUACUAUAAGUUUCUUCAACUAUGGAAUUGUUGACAUGCAAGAGUUAAGCACUUAUGUUCAAAUUUAUGUGAGAAAAAAAUCUACUUUCAAAAACCAAUUGAUUAAAAGUUUAACUGCUAUUUAAGCACUUACAUUCAAGUCACAACAAGAGCAAAUAUUAAAAAUUGACAUUCAAAAAUCAAAAAAGUUAUUUGCUUGUGUACUUGAAGAAUAUUUUAAAAUAACAUUUUCUUUUCUUUCUUUUAAUAUUUUUGUAUAUAUUAUUUGUAUAACAGCAAAUAUAAGAGCUCUAAUUGGAGUAAAAAUUGUGUUUGUUAAUAGCCAGUAUUUUUUUUAGAGGUUUAGAAAUCCCGAACUGUGACUAAGUGGGCUAAACAGACCUAUUGUACAGGUUAUUGUAGAAGAAAAAAUCACCUUAACAGGUUAUUGUAAAAAAACUAUUAUUCUGUUAUGGGGGUUGUGGUCUUAGUCACAGUUAUUCCAGAACGAGAGGAAACACAUAUUUUAGUUUUAUACAUGUGGGACAGGGGAAAUUAACUAUAUAAAUGAUGUAAGAUGUAAAAACUAGAGACAUUUCCAUGGAAAACUAAUUACAAUAAAAAUCAUUGUGAUAACCAAUUAAUAUUGGAAGUGGACAAUUCUGUUUUGUGAAUAGUUCUAUUGUCAUCAUGUGUUGAAACUAAAUUGCUGAAGUCGAACAUGAGUAAAUUCAUGGUGAGAUAAUCUGUAGCUAUCUGUGUUAUCAGAGCAGUAGUUAAUUAUUUCAAUACUUCACAAAAGUUUAAGAAGUUCUUAAGAAUAUCCAAAAUGGAACUGACCACAUGACGAAAUGUAGUUGAUAAUUGAAAGUUUAUUGUUCAAUUUAAAGAUAAAUAUCUUUAUGACAAUUUUGAUAUUGUGAUGUUUUUGUCCAGCCUGCAACAUUUAUGUCACGAAUGCAAGUUAUAGCGAUCAUAGAUCCCGGCGGCGGGGUCAACAUUUAGGUUCAGUCUGUGGAUAAAGAUUUUUAGACAUUAAUAUCUUUGUCAAACCUUCAUGGAAUUUUAUAAAAUUUAGACAGAAACUUGUUUAUGACCAAAAUAUAGUAUCCAUAGCAAAAUUUUGAAAAUAUAUGAAAAUAUUUAUUUUCAUUUUUCCAUAUUUUACUGAUAAAUGGACUUAGUUUAUUUUACAGUUAACAUUCAGAUUCAGUCCGAGGUUAUAGUUUUUUAGUCAUCAAUAACUUUGUCAAGCCUUCAUGGAAUUUCAUGAAAUUUGGACAGAAGCUUGUUAAUGACCAAAAUACAGUAUCCAGAGCAAAAUUUUGAAAAAUAUUUAUUUUUGAUUUUUGUAUUUUACUGAUAAAUUAGCUUUAGAGUAAACAAGUAGAUACAGUCUGGGGUUAAAGUUUGUUACACAUCAAUUACUUUGUCCACAGGGGGGUCUCAACAUGGUAUUUUAGGUACAGUUGUGCAGCUGGGAUUUAAAAAACACCCCCAUUCAUAUAUUGAAUAAUUGUGAAAUCCCUACCUAUACAUAUAUUUCACAGCGAAAUCAUAACCCAUUCAUAUAUAUUUAUCAGCUCAAAUAGUACCAAAAGGUCUGAUAUGUGACCUUUUUUUUACUAUACUCUAGUGGGUAAAGAUUAUUAAUUGUGACAGUGUAAUAAAAUUUGAUCAAUAACAAAACUUAUGUCAAUAAGUUUCAGCAGAUGUGGAAAUUUUAAUGACAAAGAGUUUGGGAAAUUCAGUGAAGAUUAAUAUUGUUGCACAACAAACUGAAAAAUUAUGACCCAUUGAUAUAUCACAAUUGGUCAAUUACUACCUAUUGAUAUAUUUCCUCGGUAAAAUUGCACCCCAUUGAUAUAUUUGACGUAUCAAAAAAGGGACCCAAUCCAGCGGCACAUAUGUAUAUACCUUCAUAUAGGAAGAGACCCCCUCCCCCCUAUAGACUUUGUCAAACCUUCAUAGAAGUUUAUUAAAUUUUGGCAGAAGCUUUUUAAUGAUUUAGAGAUAAUGUCUGAAGUAAAUUUUAAGAGUAUGGGAUUAAUUUUUUUGACAUGAUAAAUUUGUAAACCUUCAUGGAUUGUUAUGAAACUUUGACAGAAGCUAAUUUUCAAGACCAAGAAAUAACAUUUAAAGAAAAAGUAUUUUUUUACAUUCUGUAUUUUACUGAUAAAUGAACUCACUUUUUAAGUCAACAUUACACUUUUACACUAACAGCAACAAUCGCAGGCGAGACACAGGGUUCCACUAAACUCCUUAUGAAUAUUUUUUUGUACUGGAUACUUAUUACUAUUGUAUUUUUGUAAUUUGUUUUAUAUAUGUAUUGAAAAUACACAUGUUAUUUUAUGAUUGUGAUAAUAAUAAUAUGACAUCUUCCUAGUCAUCUGUUAUAUGAGAUAUAUUUGUAUUGGAAUUGAUUAUACAAAAAAUUGAAAUAAAUCAAUAUAUUGUUUCUU